CUUGCCUGAUGGCUCCCAGCCUCCCCUGUACUUCUCCCAGGCUUGGGAGAACCCUUUCUCCUAAUUAUUAAGCUCUGGAAGGGGGGAAUGAGAGCCCCGUUCUGGCGGUUGCGGGCUGUUUCAGCACUGCGGGCCGCCUCAGCCGAAGCGAGCCGAGGCGGGCCGGCACCGGGACUACAUCUCCCGUCAUCCCCCGGCCGCCGCCAUCUCGGCACCGACCGCCGGGCCGGGCCGCCGUGCCCGCAGCCCCGCUCCGCGCUGUGUUCCUCGGGCCCCGCCGCAUCCCCCGCCCCCCGCUAUGAGCUGGGACGGCGCCGGCGAGGAAGUGCGGCUCCUCCUGGACCUGUACUGCACCCUUCUGUGGAAUCUCUGGACCUCCGAGACUGUGAUAUUUCAGAUAAUGCGUUAUUGCAGCUUUAUAACUGCAAGCAGCUGAAAAAAAUCAACUUAAAUUCUUGCAAGGAGAGCAGAUUUGGAAUUACUUCAGAAGGGGUCAUAGCACUGGCCUUAUCCUGUCCUUACCUGCGUGAAGCAUCCUUCAAAAGGUGCUGUGAUAUAACUGACAGUGGAGUUCUGGCGCUUGCACUCAACUGCCAAUUCCUACAAAUAGUGAACCUGGGCAGCUGCUCAGGCAUCACGGAUGCAUCUCUGCAGGCACUGGGAGAAAACUGCAAAUUUCUUCACAGUGUGGACUUCUCAUCUACUCAGGUAACAGAUGAUGGCGUUGUAGCACUAGUGAGUGGAAGAUGUUCAAAGAAUUUAAAGGAGAUCCACAUGGAGCGCUGCGUGAAUCUGACAGACGUCGCUGUGGAAGCCGUCCUUACUUGUUGUCCCAAGAUACACAUUUUUCUGUUCCAUGGAUGCCCACUGAUAACAGAUCGUUCCAGAGAUGCUUUAGAGCAGCUCAUCAUAUCGAACAAAAUCAAGCAACUAACAUGGACUGUUUACUGAUUAUUUAUCCUGUACGUGUGAGGGUCAUGUUUACAGGUGGGAGAGCUCCUUCAGCAAACAAGCACCUGGAGAAUUAGCUGGUGGCUCCUGUGCCACCAGGUUGCAUCCCUCCUGCUUCCCACUGGAGGUCUCCGUUGCCAUUCCAGUCUUUGCCUGUGAGCCUGGGCUUCCCCAUUGUCUCUCCUUGGAGCCCUGUCUGUCUUUGCAUUGAUCAUACUUCAUUAAGGGGAAAGUUAAACUAUAAUUAAUAUUACAGGGCCGUUGCUCAGGCUUCAUGAAGUGUUGGAUUUGGCUGCUUAGUAUCCUUUAGCAACUUAGCUAUAUGUACAAACCCAGUUUAGGUAAGUCUGCUUUCUGAGUUCUGUAUUCUGGGAUGGUACUUGGAACUGCAAGUACUGAGACCAAACGUAACAUUGUUACACAGAAAUGUCUGUGUGAUGUUGGGAGUUUAAUCUAACAAAAUUCAACAGACAGAACUGGUGAAUGGAGGUGGCAUUAACAGCAAUAAAAAUGUACUUUCAAUAGUUACAGAGAAUCUCCUUUCACCGUGUGCUUUUGCUAGGUCUGGAAUAAAAAAUGUAGGUACCUUUCUUCUGAUGUUACUGAUGCUGCAGAUUUCUGUUCUUACUUACCAUCAAAUACUUGCUGGAUUUUUACACAUCUGAAACUACAGCUCAUGAAUGUGUAAACAUAAACUUGCUUUGGAAUUGUUAUGGUGACUUUACAAAUUUCAGGGUAGUAGCUAUGACCAAGGAAAGGACUUUAUAUAUGGGCAAAUAUUUAAUUUGUUCUGGCUUUUGCCUGUGUUCCUACAUGAAAAUCCUUUUAGGGAACAAAACACUGGUACUUGUAAGUGUACCUGUGAGUGAAAUAGGACCAAACGUAGUGUCUGAGCACAUAAAUCUCAGGAUGGUAGAGUGUGUGUUCUGCUGUAUGCAGUUCAUUAUAUAGCCAGUGGCCCCCAGAAGCUGAAAAUAUAAAUAAAUUGAUUGUUCAGUUAUAGUAAUAUUAAAAAUAAUUUUUGAAUGUAGAAUGAGUUUAUUACAUGAUGGAGCAGUGCUCUUGUCACAAUUAUAAGACAUGUUCCUUGGCUUUUUUGAACCACCAUAACCUGUAGAGAGAAUUCUAUGAUUUCUGCAUUAAGCUCCCUGAUGCCAGCUGUUUUAGCUUUGUAAGGGCAUGGUGCACACUGGGUUCAUCCUCUGGAUCUGGAAGUAGGAGGGUUUAGCUAGUGUGGUGUAAUGUGGAUUUGAUGACAUUUGGAAACCUAAAGAGUUUAGGCAACCAUAAGGGAUGUGUUUACUUUACUGUUUAACUUUUGUCAUAGCCACACCUAAGUGUUGCAGAAAUAAACCAGUCUUAUACUAAUCUAUUUAAAGUUCUAAUUGCAUGGAAGGUAAUUUUGGUUGCCAAUAUUAAAGGGUAUUUUGAUGAUCUUUGUUCUUCUGUUGAUUAUAUGGUUUAUGAAAGUGCAAAUCUAUUUAGAAAAAUUGUUCAGGUGUAAGUAAAAGUGUAUUUUUCCAAGAUCGGCACCUAAAUCCCUUACUCUUGUUGCAGCUCAGCCCAGUGGUGAAUUUGUUCCUAUGAUCCCUGUGGGUAUGACUGCACCAGUACAAACCAUUGGUGCAAGGAGUUGGUUUUACUACAGUAGCCACAAGCAUCUUGGAGCUGUCACUGCAGCAAAUCCUUGCACCAGAUAGAUGUCUAAUAACCUAAUCUACCAGGUUUUAUUUCCUUUUUUUUUUUUUUGCUGAGGAGUAGUUUAUUGUUAUGCCCUGUGGAAUUCCUGGGAUCAAUCACUGUCCAUCAUUCCUGUGAACGCUUGGACAAUAAAUCUGUGUUGCACUAUUGUUGAUAUUGAGUCAUACAGCUGUUUGGGCAGCUCUCUGAAACAGUACUACUGUUGACCUCAGUGGCAAGGUUUGCCUUUUUUUCCUUGUUGAUAUAACCUUGGAUUUGUCAUGUUGAAGGCAAAUACAGCUUAUACUGUGUCCUUAAGUGUGCCUGUAUAUUCACCAUCUUCCCCUACAGCCUCUUCUCAGUGUGUAACUUAGCGGUACAUCCUCACCUGAUGCUUAAAAAGCUGUAAAACACUGCAACAAGGUAACACUGUAGUUUUAGGUUUGAAAGGUUAAUAUAAGUUAUUUUAAAUCCUUUACCCUUAGUGUUUGAGUCUGCCCUUCGGUGUUUAAUAUUUAUGUAACUCCACUGUAAUGUUCUUUGGUUUACAGUAAUUUUCAAUUACUAAAAUGUUUACUGGCGCUAGGUGAAGUGGGAGAAGAACCUCAUGGAUAUGUUUACCACUUUGUAUUCUCUAUUGUUUGGAUAUUGUUGUUGUAAGCCUUGCAGAAUGUUCACAUAUUGUUCUGAAGAUUAAAAUUUAGAAGUUGGCUGUUUGAA